GUCCUGAGCAACCUGGUGAUGGAGGAGCUGCUCCCCGAGCUGAGGACCACCAUCGGCCCCCGGCUGAAGGGCAAGGCUCAGGAGCGCCAGCGGACCUGGAUCCAGAUCUCAGAUGCCGUCUAUAGGAUGGUCUAUGAGCAGACCAAGGCCCAGUAUGAUGCAGCGGUGGCCAAGUGUGAAGAGGAGCGGCCCCAGAUGGAGAGCACCAUCCGCACGGACAUGGACCAGAUCAUCACUUCGAAGGAGCACUUGGCCAGCAAGAUCCGAGCGUUCGUCCUCCCCAAAGCGGAGGUCUGUGUUCGUAACCAUGUCCAGCCCUACAUCUCCUCCAUCCUGGAGGCCCUGAUGACCCCCACGAGCCAGGGCUUUGCCGAGGUGCGGGAGGUAUUCUUCAAGGAGGUGACAGACAUGAACAUGAACAUCGUCAACGAAGGUGGCCUGGAGAAGCUGGUGGAGUACAUGGAGAAGCUUUCCCACCUGGCCUUCCACCCCGUGAAGAUGCAGUCGUGCUAUGAGAAGAUGGACCAGCUGAAACUGGAGGGCCUUCAGCAGCGGUUCGAUGUCUCCAGCACAUCCGUCUUCAAACAGAGGGCCCAGAUCCACAUGAGACAGCAAAUGGACGACGCCGUGUACACAUUCGAGACGCUGCUCCAUCAGGAGCUGGGGAAGCUGCAGGGCAAAGAUGACUUGUGCAAGUCCAUCCAGCGCAUCCUCGAAAGGGUGCUCAAGAAGUACGACUACGACAGCAGCACCGUGCGGAAGGAAUUAGCCAAGUUUCAGGAGCUGAUCUUCGAGGACUUUGCCAGCUACAUCCUGGUGGAGAACACUUAUGAGGAGGUCGUGCUACAGUCAGUGAUGAAAGACAUCAUGCAAGCUGUGAAGGAGGCAGCCGUCCAGCGGAAGCACAACCUGUACCGUGACAGCAUGGUUAUGCACAACAGUGAUCCCAACCUGCACCUCCUGGGCGAGGGCAUCCCCAUCGACUGGGGCGAGGAGUACAGCGGGCAGCCGGAGGCCGAGCCGGACACCGACAAGCGCCGCAGGGCCAAGCAAGUGGUGUCGGUGAUCCAAGACGACGAGGGGGUCCUGCCCUACGAGGUGGGCGCCGAGGCGCUGCUGCAGCCCAGCUCCCCAGAGCCACAGGAGCCAGAGGAGCAAGAUCCUGGGGUGCCACCGAGCUCCCCAGAUGGGGUGGAGAAGAUCCGGGAGGCGCUGGCGAAGGAGAGCCUCGGGGAUGGCGUUGAGGUGGAGGAGCGGCUGACGAAUGGUACCGAUGCCACACAGGAGAGCGGUGCCACCGAGGAGGUGGUGGUGGUGGUGGUGGCAGGGUCUGUCCCAGCUGAUGUCCCCCAACAAGGUCCAGCCAGUGAGGGGGAUGGGGUGCACUGUGCCACACCGGCAUCACCUGCACCUGGAGCCGAGGUCCCAUCAGGGGCUGGGGGGCAACGGGCCACACCGGCAUCACCCGUACCCAGAGCCGAUGUCCCGUCAGGGGCCAGCGUGCAACACACCGCACCGGGAUCACCCAAACCCCAAGCUGAUGUCCCAUCCAAGGCCAAGGUGCCCCAUGCCACACCGGCAUCACCCAAACCCCGAGCCGAUGUCCCGUCCGAGGCCAAGGUGACCCAUGCCACACCAGCAUCCCCCACAUCUGAAGCCGAGACCCCAUCACUGUCCACGGGGACGGCUUGCCACCAGCCCAGUGACAAGGAGACGGGUGAGGAGGUGGCCCCCCCGGGUGGCCCAUGCAGCCCCCUGCAGCCCACAGGCACGACGGAGAGUGGUGAGGGGGUGCAGACUGAGUUCUAG